CCUUCCCUUCGUCGACACUCGACACCUUCCAACUGAAUCCGAAGCCCUAAUUUCUGUACAGCCGGCGAACCCCUUCUCUGUUUUCUCUCGACCCCUUAUUCCUCCUCCAAGUUCACCCGCCGCCCGCCGGUAGACCUCGCCAUUCUCCUCUGCUAGCAUAUAGACUGUCCCAGUCACCGGCACCUACGGACAUCACCGCCGCUACUGUACAAUUCGUUCCCCACUGCUCCGCCUUGUCACCACUGCUGCCGGGUGCAGAUUACACCACUGCUGCCGCCUGGAGUGCCAGUCGCCUUCCAAACAGAAACCUCACGGCUCCAGACCAGUUCACCACUCUCUGCCUCUGCCGCCUCACUUCUGGUCUGUUGCGGCUACCGCUUGCUGAUUAUUCUCCAAUGGCUACUGGACCUGGACUCGAAUCUCUUGUCGAUCAAACCAUUUCUGUGAUCACAAAUGACGGCCGCAACAUAGUGGGCAUCUUGAAAGGCUUUGAUCAGGCCACGAAUAUCAUCCUCGACGAAUCUCAUGAACGUGUUUAUUCCACCAAGGAAGGCGUCCAACAACUGGUUUUGGGUUUGUACAUAAUACGGGGAGAUAACAUAAGCGUUAUUGGGGAACUUGAUGAGGAUCUUGAUGCGCACCUUGACCUAUCAAAUCUCAGAGCACAUCCCCUCAAGGCUGUGAUUCAUUGAUCAAGGGCUGAAAACAUUGGGAGUUAUGGAGUUGUUCUUUGUAGACCAAAUUGAUGGAUGGAUAGAUGAGGCUGCUGUAAGGAUUCUUGUACGAGUGUGCAACUUAGAGAGAUACCAGCGACUUAUUUUGCAGACGUAAGGUGGCCUGUAUUUACGUGAACAAUUUGACCUUCACAAUACUUGAUGGAACUAAAAAUAGUUGCUGGAAGAAGUGCAUGGAUCCGUUGCUCCCUUCUAAUUAGUAUAAAUGGUUACAAACCUUUGCAUUUGGUAUAAAAUGGUAGCAAAUCUUUAAUUUGUAAUGAUAUGGUAACAAAAGAUUGCAAUUGUAUGAAAUGGUCACUUCUGUUUAAU